GCGACACCCAGGACGCGGUGGGAAACAAGUUGAGAGCUGGCGCCUGCUUGCUGCGUGCCGCCCGGAGCCUUCCUCCUCGGGACACUGGGGUCAGUGCCGAGGUGGCGAGCUCCGGGCGACCGGCGGGAGAAAAGAGGAGGCCAGCUGACUCCGAACAGUGGGAGCCUUUUAAGUCCGCGUGGGUUAUGUUACACACCAUCACUGGUUACCCCGAGUGCCGAACCUUUGGCAGAAUCGGCAGCAGGGCCAGCUCGGCGCGGUUCGCCGGGAAUUGCCAGCCGCCUUGGUCCCGGCAAACCCGGAAGGUUGGGGACUAGGUCUGCCCACUGUCUUAAGCCUGGAGGUAGAGUCGAGCGUGCAGACUGCAGAACUGUGACGCCGGUUCCAGCCUUUGACCUAGAAGAGCAUGACUUGGCCCGAUGCUGUCCGAGAGAACACACGGCGUCACGUCAGGCAUAGCAAAGGCCAGCAGCUUCGGAAACGCACAACCAUUUUGGAUGACGAAACAACGCUUUUCCUUCCGUCCAGUUCCAGAUCCGUACUGUCAAGCUAAAUACACGUUCUGUCCAACUGGCUCACCUGUCCCUGUCAUGAAGGGUGAGGAUGUCAUUGAAGUCUUUCGGUUACAAGCCCCAGUAUGGGAAUUUAAAUAUGGAGACCUCCUGGGACACUUGAAAAUUAUGCAUGAUGCCAUCGGAUUCAAGAGUACUUUGACUGGCAAGAACUACACCAUGGAAUGGUAUGAGCUUUUCCAACUUGGAAACUGCACAUUUCCCCACCUCCGGCCUGAAAUGAACGCCCCAUUCUGGUGUAAUCAAGGAGCUGCCUGCUUUUUUGAAGGAAUUGAUGAUGGUCACUGGAAAGAAAAUGGGACGUUAGUUCAAGUAGCAACCAUAUCAGGAAACACGUUUAACAAAAUGGCAACGUGGGUAAAACAAGACAAUGAAACAGGGAUUUAUUAUGAGACAUGGACCGUCCAAGCUAGCCCAGAAAAAGGGGCGGAGACGUGGUUUGAUUCCUACGACUGUUCCAAGUUUGUAUUAAGGACAUACCAGAAGUUAGCUGAACUUGGAGCGGAGUUCAAGAAGAUAGACACCAACUAUACAAGAAUAUUUCUUUACAGUGGAGAACCUACUUAUUUGGGAAAUGAAACAUCUAUUUUUGGGCCAACAGGAAAUAAGACUCUUGCUUUAGCCAUAAAAAGGUUUUAUUACUCAUUCAAACCACAUUUGUCAACUAAAGAAUUUCUGCUGAGUCUCUUGAAAAUUUUUGAUGCAGUGAUUAUGCACAGACAGUUCUAUUUGUUUUAUAAUUUUGAAUAUUGGUUUUUACCUAUGAAAUUUCCUUUUAUUAAAAUAACGUAUGAAGAAAUCCCUCUACCUAACAGAAACAAAACAAUCUCUGGUUUAUAAAACCUUUAUUCUAUUGAGUUUUAUCCUCCUAACACCAGCAUAUUAGUUUUUCAUCAAGUUGUUUUACACUGGUGUAUUUUUUAGGCUUUUCCUCCUUGGGGUAGAAAGGCCAAAUGCACAGGGGCAGAAUUGUGCAAACUAAUAUCUCAGGAAUAUUUUGGGAAAGAAGCUGAAACUCUCAUAGCGUUGGCCAAAGUGAGCACGUUACAUGAUCUUGAUUUCAACUGCCAACCCUUUAUUAAUAUGGAAAAUUACAGUUUAUAUCAGCUUUAUAGGCUCUUCAGGCCUGACAUUUUAAAAUUGUGAACGUGGUGUACCAAGAUUUAAAAUUCCCCUCAGUGACCUUCUCAUGGCAGGAGCAGCGUUUCUUCUGGUAUUGUAGUUGUUUUCCACUUACGUACUUUUUGGAAGUUUACUGACUUUACAGCUCUUGCCACUUUUGGAAUUGCUCUAUUAGUUUGAUUUUGUUCUGUUCACUUAAACUUACAGACUAAUUUGGGCACCACAGUGAGAGUGGUUGUGUUUCCAGAUGUAGUGAAUACAGUGAAAGAGAGCCCACGUGUUUGGCUAGCAUUGCAGAACUAGCUAGUAACUGGCAUUGUGUUACAUAAGCAUCUUAACAUGUUUGAACCUUAGUUUCCUUCUCUCAAGUGACCCAUCUGUUAGGAUUGUUGUCAAGAUUGAAGCCAUGUAGGUUGGGCAUAGUAAGGUCACAAUAAAUGGUCACCAUAAUGAUUAAUCAAAGAAUAAACUGCCAUCCUUGAUCUUGCCUAAUGAAGUUACGGUCCAGCCUCUCCUGGGUCUUGUAAUAAUCACCUGACUUUGAGCUGGUAGCAGUGUUUCUGCAGUUCAUAUAUGGGGCGAGGGAGUAACUGUGGACACCUCUGGGUGAGUAGGCGCCCUGACUCCUUCACUGCCUGUGGUAGCCGCCCCUCUGGCCACUGAUGCUGCCAGCUCGGAGGAAGAGGCACACUUCUCAGUGAGGGGACAGGGUUUUUGUUAGGGAUCAACAAGCAGCUAUGCUUCCAAUUAGGGCCAUCAAACAAGGCUACAGGGUCCUUUAAGUAUCUGAUGAUCAACUGAACACACUGUCUCUAUUCAUGGAAAAAAAAACACAUCAGUAAGAAAAUGAAGCAAGAGAUCAAAGAAAAAAACCUGCGUGUAGUGUUUAAUGUACCAAUUAUGUUAUUCAGAGUGCUCCUGAGAGGUUAGUGUAUGGUCACUGAAUUCUCAUAAAAAGCCUACGCAUAGAUAUUUACCUGAUCCACACGGGCAAAUCAGGGCUCAGAAAGGGAAGUGAGCUUUCCACAGCUACCCAGCGAGUGGUAAUCGAGCCACAUUCUGAACCAGGUUCUAAUGACCAAAUGGGAUGCAGGAUCAAGCUUUUCAGUGUCAUGUGGUCCUCAGACCAGUGCCUUCAUCACAUGUUACUAAUACCAGACAUUACUGGACUGUAGGAGAGAAGUACAGGUAUUGAUAGGAAGCAUUUAGAAACUUUGGAAACAACUUGUUGGAAUAACUUUGUUUCUAUGGAAUCUAAUUUUUAAAAUGGGGCUUGUAUUUGCAUUUUUUAAUUAAUUUGCCUAGGAAUUUACUUUUAUUGUUUUUCAAAACUAUAGGCAUUGGACGAUAGUCUGAAAAUAAAAACCUAGCCCUUACUACAGACAGCUUGAGAAACUGCCAUUAUGCCCACUGCAGCCUUACUGAAGCACAUAGGGAGAACUUUCAUCUUUGCAAUAUCUCCAUCUAGUGGCUAAAACGGGGCAAUGCAACUUUUACUGGAUUCUUAGGAAAGUUGCUCCAGGAAAAAAACAGUAUUUUAAAUUUACGGAACUGCACUGGGAUAACAAGCAAACUCCUGUGCCAAGUCUGUGCUAGCUGUGAAUAACAGAACUUGGUUCCACAGAAAAGACAAAUGAAGACAUCUGUAAAUGGAACUUGAAUUUUAAAGCAAGAUUCUAAUAGUUACAUUUAAAAAAGCAAGAGUUUUUAUUGUUCCUAAGACUAUUAAUAAAUGAAGAAAUUCUGUGAAAGUAAAAGACUCAGGUGACUAUAGCACAGAGAGAAUAGUGUUCAUAUAAGUAAGUAUUUAAGAAUUUACCAAACCUGUCAGCUGUACUUAAAAGAUGAAGUAGGGCUCUGGAAUAGAGAUGAUUUAAGAAUAUGUUUUCAAAAUGUGGGUUGGUAAACCAAAACGUGGCCAGUCAGGAAUUUGCCAAUUAAAUUUUGCAGACCUUUGAACUACUGUAUAACUUCAAUGUGACUGCUACUUUUCUGUUAAGUUGUAAAUUAAU